AUGACUGCCCCCACCGAAAACACACGACUCCUCUUUAGUCUGCCUCCUCCUUCUAAGCGAAGGCCACCUCUUUUGACGGUUCCUCUGUCACAGUCCAUCAGGUCUGCUCGAAGCAUGGAACCUGUGUUGGAACACCAUGACAUUGACUCCAUCAACUUCGAUCUCAUCACCGCUAAGGACUUCGACUGGUAUGCAUAUGUGUCGUACUACUUGCCUAUUCUCAGGUGGCUCCCACAGUACUCCCGAAAGAGUUUCAUUGGCGAUUUGCUUGCUGGAACUUCGCUUGCCAGUUUCCAGAUCCCAUUAGUGAUGUCGUUGGCUACAUCAUUGGCCAAGUUGCCUCCGUUGGUGGGAUUGUAUUCUGCAGCGACAGUUGCGUUAGUUUAUGCCAUCUUUGGCGGUGUUCCUGUUUUGGUAGUGGGACCGCUGCCGGGAACAGCUGUUUUGUAUGGACAAAUGAUUGAGACACUCUUGCAUUCAAAAAGUGACUUGUCGAAGUUCCUGCCGUUGGAGGUGAGCUCCAUAAUCUCCGUGGGCAUGUCGGGCGUUCUCUUAGCAACUGGUUUGCUUAGAUGGGGUUUCCUCGACAAUGUUCUUUCUAGGUCGCUCUUGAAGGGCUUUAUCGGUGCCAUGGGUGUGAUCAUGAUAGCCAAUCAGUUGGAUAUUCAGAUGGGGCUCCAGGAAUUGUCUGUACAUUUUCCUCACAGACUGAUUGUAGACAAGUUGACAUUCGCUUUCGAGCAUGGUAAGGAAGCCCAUGUGGACACUGUCGUCGUCACGGUUGUCACGUUGGCGACAGUUCUCUUAAUCAGAAAGUUGAAAACGGUGUUGUUAUCCAAGUUCAACAUGAAAUGGGCGGUAUACUUUCCAGAGUUGUUAGGUAUGGUGGUAAUAGCAACGGGGUUGUCUUAUCGCUUCGACUGGCAGAGUCUCGGAAUCGAGGUAGUGGGAAACUUGAACGAUGGAUCCAAAAGCGAUAAAAUUGGUUUCAUCAACCCAUUCAAUGUAUCCAGACUCCCGCUUUUCAAGCAAGUGUUUACCACAUCGUGCUUAUGUGCCCUUCUCGGCUUCUUCGACUCCACUACCGCAACAAAAGCACUCGGUGCUAGAUACAACUAUAACGUCUCGUCAAACAGAGAGCUAGUUGCACUUGGUGCAUGCAACUUUGCCCUUACUUUCUUUGGAGGGAUGCCUUCUUUUGGAGCGUUGGGAAGAUCUAAGAUCAACAUAUCUGCCGGAGCCUCCACUCCAUUAGCAACUGUCAUCAUGUCACUCACUAUUCUUUUGGCAGUUCGACUUUUCUUACCUUCACUUUACUACUUGCCUGAGUGCGUUCUCUCGUUGAGCACCACCAUUAUCGGUAUUACUAUAUUGGAGGAAGUUCCUCAAGAUAUUGCAUUUUUCUGGAGUAUCAGUGGCUACGAUGAAAUCAUGAUUCUUGCUGCAGUCUUUUGUGCCACAAUAUUCUGGUCUGUGGAAAUGGGAAUGAUGCUUGGAGUUGUCAUUGCCGUGGUGAGAGUUAUCAAGCAAGGUACAAGGUCCCAAAUCCACAUCCUCGGACGUGUUCCCAAUACCUCUGUUUUUCGUAAUGCCGAUGAGUUGAUUGAAGAGAGCUUCACGUCGCAUGUGGAGCAACCUUCAUCAGCCUCCAAGGUGGGAGAAAACUUGGCUGAAUUUGUGGCAGAAAUUCAGCAGAUCGAAGGAGUCUUGAUCAUCAAGAUUCCUGAACCGUUGAACUUUGCCAACUUAGGAGAUCUUCGCAGCAAACUUACUAGAAUCGAGAAGUUCGGCACUCUUUCUGUCCAUCCUUCGCAGCCCUCAAUCAGUGGCUUUGACACUGGAGCCAUUAAGUUCAUCAUCAUCGAUUGUAAGGGAAUGACGUCGAUGGACGCCUCUGCUACGCAAGCACUUUAUGAAACUGUUAAAAGAUACAGCGAGGUUGACAAAAUCUGUGUGAGUUUUUGCCGAGUUUCAAUGAAUUCACAGGUCAGAGAUCGCUUCAUUCGGCUGGGACUUACAAAGAUAGUCAACAGCAACUACACCAAGUUUUACAAGGCCAGAUCGUACCUACUGCUUGAUACCGCUGAGCUGAACCACAGCUUCAACGUUUCCACCAGACUAGGCGACGGGUUCUUCCUCAGCAUAGACGAAGCUUUGAGAGCCUUCGACAUCGACACUGUAUAA